AAAUUUUCCUCAUCUCUAUUUCUUUCUAGCUGGGUUGAGGAGGAUGGGGCCAUUAAAGACGAUUCAAACAAAGAAAACGACAAGUGCGAUCUUGCUAAAGCUAAUUCUCACUCUCUUCAGCCCUGUCUUCUUAAAUCCGAUCUCUUGGGCCAUGGGAACUUACCUGUGGAACUGACCAAUAUGAUUGACUCCUUUGAGACAGAACAACUGCGUUUUGUGAUGGACCUAAAGCGGAUGCAUUUUCCCUAUUCCCAAGUGCCGAUUGUCAUGAAGGAUAUUGAAAAUAUAGUGUCUUCAAUCAUUUCAGAAAUCAAGUCAAUUCUUUCAGUAGACUUACCACAAGCUUUGCGGCGUCUAAAUCCUCAUAGAUUAAGUGAUACGUCCAAGACCGUCCCUGCACCACCCGACUUUGUCCCAUUUGAAGGUGAGGAUACCUCAGCCACAGUACAGAUAUGCGACAUGGCGAGCCUGACUGGUGGAUUAAUUCAGUUGGUACCGAUUAUAAUGCAGCUUUUCACACAUCUGGUCCCUAGUCUUCAUUCUCAAGAGCUUUCUGAUUCUAUACGAUUAUCUGGUUAG